AUGGAGCCGCCGCCGCCACCACCCUCAUGCACGGUGGCCGGAGGAGCAGCAGGAGGCGGUGAGGACCCCUUUGACGACAUCGUGACCCCCCCGGACUUGCUCCAGGGUCUCGGCGACGACGAUGGGUGCUUGUACGGCACGGCAGCAAUGGGCGCGGAGGCGAAGGACGAGCGACGGCUGGCCGAGGCGCAGGCCGCAGGCGACGGCGGCCGUGUGGACGAUGGGCUGUCGAUGACGUACCGGGGGCACAACAAGAACAUGGUCCAUCCUAUUGUCGUGCCUCAAGACUUCGACAGGGCUGCGGCCAUUUCGCGGUACCGGAAGAAAAGGAAGAUCACAGUGAAGGCCGAUUACUCCGUCCGAAGGGAAAUCGCUUCAAGGAUCCCUCGAAGGGGAGGAAAAUUUGCGCCGUCGUCUAAGAAGAGCUCUGAAAAUUCAGUUGGGGAGACGGCUGAGCAUCUUCAAUCCUGCACCAACUGCGGGGAGAGAAGCGAGGUGAUGCCCAAGAUGCGGCGUGGCCCAAACGGCGCCAAGAACUUCUGCAACGCCUGUGGCCUGGCGUGGGCGAACACCAUAGAUGUAACUGACUCCAGUGGAGUUUGUUCAUUCAUGACAGUGAAGUGGAAGUGGAAGUAG